AAGUGAGCGCGAGCGCGCCGGCUGCGGCGGCGGGAGGUUCGAUCGUUGCCGGGAGACCGGGCGGCGCCGCCUGCAGGGCGGGAGCAUGGUGCAGAUCGUGGUGUCCAGGCCCGGGGCCGGGGGCCUGGAGGAGUGGGUGCUGGUGGAGCUGCAGGGAGAGAUCCAGGCUCGCUACAGCACCGGGCUGGCCGGAAGCCUCCUGGGAGACCUGCACUACACCAGCGAGGGGGUCCCCGUGCUCAUCGUGGGUCACCACAUCCUGUACGGGAAGACCGUGCGCCUGGAGAAGCCCUUCGCCGUCCUGACCAAGCGCGGAGCCAGCGAGCAUGGGGCCGACUCCAGCCCCGGCACCCACUACCUGGUGACCGCCCUGAUCAAGACCAAGCUGCUCUUCAAGACCCGCCCCAAGCCCAUCAUCACCAACGUGCCCAAGCGGCUGUGAGGGGCCGAGCCCUCCCCUGGGAACGCCCAGCCCAGACCGCGCCCGGCUCCCACCCCAGGGGCAGGUGUUUUUGGGCCACGAGCCCUGCUCCUUUCCCCGUGGCAGCCCCGUGACUCCGUAUUGUGGCCAGAGCCCCUCACACCCACACAUGGGUGACCCCAGCUCCCUGCCUGCAGCACCUGGGGCGCAUCCCUUGGGGCAGGUCCAGGUUGCCCCCCUUGCUGCCCAGAGCGGCUGGAGUGGGGCCGACCGUGUACAGUGGGCCUAGCUCUGCCAACG